CAUAUCCAUAUCUUCUUCCUUAUGACAUCAUCAUCUUCAUUGUAUCAAUAAAAAAUCAAAAUUAUUUACUCUAUAAUUUUGAAAUUAAAGAAAAAAAUAACAUUUUGAAUGAUACUACUAGUGUAGUACUUGCUUACAGUACUUUCUUCUACUAGAAGAGUGAGAAAAGAGGAGAGAGAAAAUUUAAAAACCGCGUUUCUUUCCAUUUUUUUGUCACUUCUGCUGCUACUGCUCUUCUUGCAUUUCUUGGAUCUCAGAGAAAAUUCAGAUCUAUCCAUAUUUUUAUUUUAAUUUUGAUUUUUUAACUUGGAUUUUUUGUAAUGGAUUCAUAGCUUUCGAUUUGACCCGGAAAAAUACAAAAAUGGCGAGUUCAGACCCGAAUAAGAAGCCCAAACCCGGUCCAUGGCCGCCGGUGCCGGAAUCUAAGCCAAUGCCGCCGACUUCAUGGGCUAAGAAAACUGGGUUUCGGCCCAAGUUUUCCGGUGAGACUAAUGCUAGUGAUUCUGGCCCAAUUGGGUCCGUCCCCAAAUCACGGGCCUCAGAUUCUGCUGUUGAUCUUGAGUUGGGCCGGGCCAGGCCCUUACCGACGGCAAAUGGGCCGCCCGCUGUUCCUGCAGCAGCUACUCCGGCGGUUGUUCCGGCGGCAGGCGGGGAGAAGGAGGUGACCGUGAAGAGGAGGAGGGAUUCUGAUGGCGGGAGUGGUGGGGGUGCGGCAAAGGGACCGACACCGGUGCCGAAUGGGAACGGGAACGGGCCGGGGCCGGGACAGGCGGUCGAAGGCAGUUCCCGAAGAGGGCAGGGGAGGAGUGAGGAGGGUUUAGAGGCAGUGGCUCACAUUGUGGAGGAUGAUGGGUUUGUUGGGAGGCAGUCUCAUAUGAAGUAUGAACUUAGGGAUGCUCCUGGCCUUGUACCCAUUGGUUUUUAUGGUCUUCAACAUUAUAUUUCGAUAUUGGGCUCAAUAAUUCUGAUACCUCUCGUGAUAGUACCGGCAAUGGGUGGAUCUUAUGAGGAUACAGCCAACGUAGUGUCUACGGUUCUCUUCAUGACGGGGGUAACAACGCUAUUGCAUUCGUUCUUUGGAACUAGGUUGCCCUUAAUUCAAGGGCCUUCAUUUGUUUAUCUGGCUCCAACAUUGGCAAUAAUUAAUUCCACGGAGUUCCAAAAGCUGCAUGGAAAUAACUUCAAGCAUAUAAUGAAGGAGAUCCAAGGGGCCAUCAUAAUAGCCUCAGCAUUUCAGACAUUCUUAGGCUACAGUGGAUUGAUGUCAUUGUUAGUCAGGAUUAUCAAUCCAGUGGUUGUUGCUCCAACUAUUGCUGCUGUAGGACUUUCUUUUUAUAGUUAUGGUUUCCCACAAGUUGGUACCUGCCUAGAGAUUGGUGCUGUGCAGAUACUGCUUGUGAUUAUCUUCUCUCUUUACCUAAGAAAAAUAUCUAUUCUUGGUCAUCGUGUAUUUCUUAUAUAUGCGGUACCCUUGGCUCUGGCAAUCACGUGGGCUGCCGCAUUUCUUCUAACUGCAGCAGGGGCAUACAGUUACAAAGGCUGUGAUCCAAAUGUACCUACGUCAAAUAUUAUAUCUGAGCACUGUAAAAAGCAUGUUAUGAGAAUGAAACAAUGCCGAGUAGAUACUUCUCAUGCACUAAGAAUGGCACCGUGGUUUAGAUUUCCCUAUCCUUUGCAAUGGGGUACUCCUGUAUUCAGCUGGAAAAUGGCCCUUGUUAUGUGCUUUGUCUCCAUAAUUGCGUCAGUGGAUUCUGUUGGUUCAUACCAUGCAUCAUCCUUGUUGGUGGCCUCCAGACCUCCAACACGAGGUGUUCUUAGUCGAGGGAUUGGCCUCGAAGGAUUUUGCAGUGUUUUAGCUGGCCUUUGGGGUACAGGGACUGGAUCCACAACACUCACUGAAAAUGUGCACACUAUUGCUGUGACUAAAAUGGGAAGCCGGAGAGCAGUUGAGUUAGGUGCAUGUAUUUUGAUCGUCUUAUCUCUUAUUGGUAAAGUUGGAGGGUUUAUAGCAUCAAUACCUCAAGUCAUGGUUGCUGCUCUCCUCUGCUUCAUGUGGGGGAUGCUUACUGCGCUAGGUUUAUCAAAUCUGCGGUACAGUGAGGCCGGAAGUUCCAGAAACAUUAUCAUUGUUGGACUCUCCCUCUUUUUCUCACUCUCCAUACCAGCUUACUUCCAGCAAUAUGGCAUCUCUCCAAAGUCUAAUGUGUCCGUACAUAGUUAUUUUCUUCCUUACACUGUUGCCUCUCAUGGACCUGUCAAUACCAAAUUUGGAGGGCUUAACUAUAUUCUGAAUACAUUGCUAUCAUUUCACAUGGUGAUUGCAUUCCUUGUGGCUGUAAUCUUGGAUAACACUGUACCCGGCAGUCGGCAAGAACGUGGUGUAUACGUCUGGUCAGAAGCUGAGGCUGCCAGGAGGGAACCUGCAGUCACCAAAGACUAUGGUUUGCCAUUUAGAGUUGGUCGGCUUUUCAAGUGGGUCAAAUGGGUUGGUCUAUAAGUUGUAGUAUUUGGAUCAUUUCCAAAUUUACUUGUCAAAAGCCAUUGAAUAGAAUCGAUUGGAGAUAACUGGUUAAAAGACAGAAAAAGGGAUAGCUAGCUGCUCGAGAUUCAAAUUCAUGCCCCAUUUUGGUCAAUACAAUGAAGCAGCAUUCCUGGAAAACUUAAUUUUCUGGCUUAGCAUCACGAAAAAGGUGAGUUAUGUACAUCGUAGGAGGCUAUCUGCUUACCAUGUAAUAUUAAACUAUAAGUACAAGGAUUUUGUAUGUAUGUAGUUUUUUACUUUCUUAUGAGCUAUUAUUCAAAUGAUGCACACUUCAUUGUUGGGUGUUCCCAUUGGUUUUCUAGGUUAUUCUUUUGUUGUAACCCGGGUUUUGCAUCUGCUAUUAUGGUGUUGUACUCUGUUUUCUGUUCAUUUUUCAAAUAUAAGUAAAUAUGUAUCAGAUCCUGAGUAUUA